AUGAAUCACACAAAGCGUAUGGUUCUCGUGCCCGAGAACACCUUGGAAAGAUUACAACAACGCCAGCAGAUUUUAACCUCACCCGUCACACAAACUCUGAGAAACUUGGAUAGUGAAAUGACCGAUAUUUUAUCCAGCAAAGAACUUGAUGAUGAACAAAAAGCUAGGCUUUACAAUCAAGUGUUGCAGCGGUACUUGACGUAUUACGAUCAGGGAAAAGGUCAACCUCUUCAUGUGAAAAUAUCAACUCCCAAAGCAGUAGAAACACCUAAAUCCGAAGAGAAUGAGCAACCUACGGAAGAACUUGCCCCAGAAAAAGCUAUUUCAUCCGCUGUAGAGCGGGAAGUCAUGAAAAGUGCACCCAAAAUUUACACAGCUGGGGCUAGACAAUUGUUGAAUAAAAUAAAAGAGCAUCAAGAUGUCUUGCAUUGGAAUGAUAAAGGAAAGCUGUUGUAUGAAACGAAACCCAUUCCAGGUUCUCAUCUGGUGGACCUAGUCAACGGCACAUUGCGCCACCGCAAAGGAUUUGAACCAGUGGGAUGGUCGGUGUUUGCGAGGGAUCUGGCCCGAAUGAAUGUCCCGGAAAAUCUAGUGCGUAAUCCACAGAGGCAAAGUGCUGUUCGAGAAUUUAAAGCAAGGGUGAGAGACGAAACCACUAACAGUCCUUCCCGUUGGCUACCUAGCCCACCUGUGACGGUAUCCCCCGUAAAAAAACAUUGGCGAAGAAACGCGAAUCCGCGCCCUGAGGCUGUGCGCUGGUUACGGUUAUAA